CGCAUUGUGUGCGCGCUUACUACCAAACAAAGAUGGCGGACAUAGACUCAAGGGUAGACCGGUCGGAUCCGGAAUUGAGAUUCUUGUCAGUGGACAGAAACAGUUUCAACGAUCCGGCUACUCAAGCAGAAUGGACGCAAAAGAAAUUGGUUUGGGUACCUCACGAGACGCAGGGCUUCGUUGCCGCCGGUAUCAAGGGAGAACGCGGCGAUGAGGUCGAAGUGGAAAUCGCGGAAACCGGCAAGCGCGUCCACGUCGCCAAGGACGACAUCCAAAAGAUGAACCCGCCAAAGUUCGAUAAGGUCGAGGAUAUGGCGGAGCUCACGUGCCUCAACGAGGCUUCUGUCCUGCAUAAUCUAAAGGAUCGUUAUUACUCCGGUCUCAUUUACACGUAUUCUGGACUGUUCUGCGUCGUGGUAAAUCCUUAUAAAAGAUUGCCGAUUUAUACGGAAAAGAUAAUGGAAAGGUAUAAGGGUAUAAAAAGACACGAGGUACCACCCCACGUUUUCGCCAUCACUGACACGGCCUACCGUUCGAUGUUACAAGAUCGCGAGGAUCAGUCCAUUUUGUGUACCGGUGAGUCUGGAGCAGGCAAGACCGAGAACACGAAGAAGGUCAUUCAAUAUCUGGCGUAUGUUGCUGCUUCGAAACCCAAGUCCAAUGCGACCCCAAGCCCGGCGUUAAUCAUAGGCGAACUCGAACAACAGCUCCUUCAAGCAAAUCCAAUUUUAGAAGCAUUUGGAAACGCAAAAACUGUGAAAAACGACAACUCGUCUCGUUUCGGCAAAUUUAUUAGGAUAAAUUUCGAUGCCUCCGGUUAUAUCGCAGGUGCAAAUAUCGAGACUUAUCUUUUAGAGAAAUCAAGAGCGAUCAGACAAGCCAAGGAUGAAAGAACUUUCCAUAUAUUUUACCAGUUGCUUGCUGGUGCCUCAUCGGAACAAAAAAAGGAAUUUAUAUUGGAGGACCCUAAACAUUAUCCGUUCUUAUCCAAUGGUAUUCUGCCUGUACCAGGAGUCGAUGAUUCCGCUGAAUUCUUCUCAACAGUGAAAUCGAUGCACAUCAUGGGUAUGACUAACGAAGAUUUCUCAUCGAUCUUCCGCAUUGUUUCUGCAGUGAUGCUAUUCGGUUCCAUGCAAUUCCGUCAAGAACGUAAUUCCGAUCAAGCGACUUUACCUGAUAAUACAGUAGCACAAAAAAUAUCUCAUCUGUUAGGUCUCAGUGUAACAGAAAUGACAAAAGCUUUCUUAAAACCUCGAAUCAAAGUCGGUAGGGACUUUGUAACUAAAGCACAGACAAAGGAACAGGUAGAAUUUGCGGUGGAAGCUAUAUCAAAGGCAUGCUAUGAACGAAUGUUUCGUUGGUUAGUUAACAGGAUCAAUAGAUCUUUGGAUAGAACGAAAAGACAAGGUGCCAGUUUUAUAGGUAUCUUAGAUAUGGCCGGUUUUGAGAUAUUCGAAUUGAAUUCCUUCGAACAGCUAUGCAUUAAUUACACAAAUGAAAAGUUACAACAGUUAUUCAAUCACACCAUGUUCAUUCUCGAACAAGAGGAGUAUCAGCGAGAAGGUAUCGAAUGGAAAUUCAUCGACUUUGGACUCGAUCUUCAACCUACGAUCGAUUUGAUCGACAAACCAAUGGGUAUCAUGGCUUUAUUGGACGAAGAAUGUUGGUUCCCCAAAGCGACUGAUAAAACGUUCGUCGAGAAACUCGUCGGUGCACACAGCGUGCAUCCCAAAUUUAUGAAAACAGAUUUUCGAGGUGUCGCUGACUUUGCUAUUAUACAUUAUGCCGGUAAAGUGGAUUAUUCGGCGGCUAAAUGGCUAAUGAAAAACAUGGAUCCAUUGAACGAGAACGUGGUAAGCCUUUUACAGGCAUCCCAGGAUCCAUUCGUCUGCCAUAUUUGGAAAGACGCUGAAAUCGUAGGCAUGGCGCAACAAGCGCUGACGGAUACACAGUUUGGUGCAAGGACUAGAAAAGGCAUGUUUAGAACGGUAUCUCAACUGUAUAAAGAGCAAUUGGCUAAAUUAAUGUUGACCCUGAAAAAUACCAAUCCGAACUUUGUCAGGUGUAUUAUUCCAAAUCAUGAGAAAAGAGCUGGUAAAAUAGAUGCUCCUUUAGUAUUGGAUCAAUUACGAUGUAACGGUGUGUUAGAGGGAAUACGUAUCUGCAGACAAGGUUUCCCAAAUAGAAUUCCAUUCCAGGAAUUUAGACAGCGUUAUGAGUUACUCACACCGAACGUUAUCCCGAAAGGUUUCAUGGACGGGAAGAAGGCUUGCGAGAAAAUGAUUCAAGCAUUAGAAUUGGAUCCAAACCUUUAUCGAGUUGGUCAAUCAAAGAUAUUCUUCCGUGCCGGUGUUUUGGCUCAUCUCGAAGAAGAAAGAGAUUACAAAAUAACCGAUUUGAUCGUAAACUUCCAAGCAUUCUGUCGUGGUUUCUUGGCACGUCGCAAUUAUCAGAAACGUUUACAACAAUUGAACGCCAUUCGUAUUAUACAAAGGAACUGUGCAGCUUACUUGAAGCUUCGUAAUUGGCAAUGGUGGAGACUUUACACCAAAGUGAAGCCUUUGUUAGAGGUAACAAAACAAGAAGAGAAACUCACCCAAAAGGAAGACGAAUUGAAGCAAGUUCGAGAUAAACUCGAAUCACAAUUACACUCUGCCCAAGAAUAUGAACGUAAGUAUCAACAAGCCAUCGAAGAGAAAACGAUGUUAGCUGAACAGUUGCAAGCUGAGGUAGAACUUUGCGCCGAGGCGGAGGAAAUGCGAGCAAGAUUGGCUGCGCGUAAGCAGGAGUUAGAAGAGAUAUUGCAUGAUUUAGAAGCGCGCAUCGAAGAGGAGGAAGAGAGGAGUGCGGCAUUGACACAAGAGAAGAAAAAAUUGCAAUUGAACAUAAGCGAUUUAGAAGAGCAAUUGGAAGAGGAAGAGGCUGCUAGACAGAAACUACAGCUUGAAAAGGUACAGUGCGAUGCAAAAAUUAAGAAACUCGAAGAAGAUCUUGCACUUUCGGAUGAUACUAAUCAGAAACUGCUCAAGGAGAAAAAAAUUCUCGAGGAACGUGCGAACGAUUUGUCUCAAACUUUGGCGGAAGAAGAAGAGAAAGCAAAACAUUUAUCAAAAUUAAAAGCGAAACACGAAGCAACCAUAGCGGACCUCGAAGAGAGAUUACUUAAGGAUCAUCAACAACGACAGGAAGUAGAUAGAUCGAAGAGAAAAGUGGAAACCGAAGUGUCGGAUUUGAAGGAACAACUUUCCGAAAGAAAAACGCAAGUCGAAGAAUUACAAUUGCAAUUGGGAAAACGCGAAGAGGAACUGAAUCAAGUGAUGGCAAAGAUGGACGAAGAAGGUGCGGCAAAGGCGCAAGCACAAAAAGCGUUAAGAGAAUUGGAAUCGCAAUUAGCCGAAUUACAGGAAGAUUUAGAAGCAGAAAAAGCGGCGCGUAGUAAGGCAGAAAAAUUAAAGCGAGAUUUGAACGAGGAAUUGGAAGCAUUAAAAAAUGAAUUGCUGGAUUCAUUGGAUACUACUGCAGCCCAGCAAGAAUUAAGAAGUAAACGUGAACAAGAAUUAGCUACUUUGAAGAAGAAUCUUGAGGAAGAAACAUCGGUACACGAAGCUACGUUAUCUGAUAUGCGACACAAACAUACGCAAGAGUUAACAGCUUUGAACGAACAAAUGGAUGCCUUAAAGAAAACUAAAGCUGCUUUAGAGAAAGCAAAGGGUUCUCUCGAGGCUGAAAAUGCAGAUUUGGCUACUGAAUUGAGAUCGAUUAGUGCGAGCAGACAAGAAUCUGAUCGUCGUCGUAAACAAGCAGAGCAACAGUUAGCCGAUGUCAGCGCCAAAUUAGGUGAAAUUGAGAGAAACAAACAAGAAUUGGUAGAAAAGGUAACGAAACUUCAGCAAGAGGCUGAAAGCGUUAUGCAACAAUUAGAAGCAGCGGAAUUGAAGGCUUCAGCCGCUUUAAAAGCAUCGGCAACGUGCGAAUCACAAUUCACGGAACUUCAACAACAAUUAGAGGAAGAGACGAGACAGAAACUUGCAUUAAGUUCGAAACUUCGUGCGUUGGAAAGUGAGAAGGAAAGUAUACAUGAACAAUUGGAAGAAGAAGAGGAGGCAAAACGUGGCUUGGAAAAACAAGUUUUGAAUUUGAACGCUCAGCUGGUAGAAGCGAAGAAACGUGCCGAGGAAGAGGCAGAAGCGGCAGCAGCAUUGGAAGAAAGUAGAAAACGUUGCGCAAAAGAUAUCGAGGCACUUCAAAGACAAGUCGAAGAAUUGCAAGCAGCUAAUGACAAGUUAGAUAAAUCGAAGAAGAAGAUACAAGCCGAAUUGGAAGACAGUAUCAUCGAAUUGGAAGUGCAACGAGCCAAGGUGCUAGAAUUAGAAAAGAAACAGAAGAAUUUCGACAAGGUACUUGCAGAAGAGAAGGCCGUGUCGGAACAAUAUGCGGAACAGAGAGACAACGCGGAAAGAGAAGCACGUGAGAAAGAAACUAGAGUCCUUUCAUUAACGAGAGAAUUAGACGAACUUAAUGAGAAGGUCGAAGAAUUGGAAAGAGGACGUCGCGGGCUCCAAUCGGAACUGGAUGAAUUGGUGAAUAAUCAAGGUACAGCUGACAAAAACGUGCAUGAAUUGGAAAAAGCUAAACGUGCUUUGGAAUCGCAAUUGGCUGAACAAAGGUCUCAAGUAGAAGAAUUGGAAGACGAAUUGCAGUUUACUGAAGAUGCAAAAUUAAGAUUGGAAGUAAAUAUGCAAGCUUUACGUGCGCAAUUCGAGAGAGAUCUUCAAGCGAAGGAGGAACAAGCAGAAGAGAAGCGCCGAGGAUUGGUCAAGCAAUUGCGUGAUGUUGAAGCCGAAUUAGAUGACGAAAGAAAGCAACGGGCGGCUGCAAUAGCUCAACGUAAAAAGAUGGAGAGCGAUUACAAGGACAUGGAGCAACAAUUGGAGAUUCAUAACAAAGUGAAAGAGGAUGCGUUGAAACAAUUGAAAAAAUUACAAGUACAAAUAAAGGAUUAUACUAGGGAAAUAGAAGAAUUCAGGGCGGCUAGGGAUGAAUUAGCAGCUGGUGCGAAAGAAUCGGAAAGGAAAGUAAAGAGUCUUGAAGCGGAUUUGAUGCAACUAACGGAAGACUUGGCUAACAGCGAACGCGCUAGACGAGCGGCUGAAAACGAGAGAGAUGAACUUCAAGAGGAAGUUAACAACAAUGCCAAUAAAGGAACUUUAAUGCUCGAUGAGAAGCGUAGACUUGAAGCAAGAAUCGCUACUUUGGAAGAAGAACUGGAAGAGGAACAAUCUAUUUCCGAGGUCGCUGUGGAUCGUGCAAGAAAGGGACAGAUCUCAAUAGAACAAUUGUCGACUGAUUUGGCUACCGAACGAUCUACGACACAGAAACUUGAAUCUCACAGAAUGUUAUUGGAGAGACAAAACAAGGAAUUGAAAGCAAAACUUGCCGAAUUAGAAACUGCUCAACGUGCCAAGACAAAAGCUACAAUACAGCAAUUAGAAUCGAAGAUAAAUAAUUUGGAUGAGCAACUUGAGACGGAAGCAAAGGAAAGGUUUGCUCAACAAAAGAUCAAUCGCAAAUUAGAAAAGAAAUUGAAAGAAAUGACUAUACAAUUAGAAGAUGAGAGGAGAAACGCCGAUCAAUACAAGGAGCAAGUGGAAAAAGUAAAUGCUAGAAUGAAGACACUGAAGAGACAGUUAGAUGAAGCAGAAGAAGAAAUCAGUAGACACAAAGCUAUGAAGCGAAAAGCUCAAAGAGAGAUGGAUGAUAUGCUGGAAUCUCAAGAGGAACUUACACGUGAAGUAGCAAAUCUGAAGAACAAAUUGAGGCGUGGUGGACCUGCUAUAAGUUUGAGCUCUACGAGGCUAAAACGUGGAUCUGUACAAACUGGAGGGUCCGGCGAUGAUUCGACAACGCAAGACGAAAGUAUCGACGGGGAAGAAAAUACUAAUUGAAGUCCUAUAAAUCUUUUAAAAUGUGCAAAAACGAGGAAAACAGCCUGCGUCACGUUACGAAGCGACAACGAUAGCGGAAUUUCUCGAUCUUAUGUAAACAUCGACUAUAUAAAGUCAAUUGAAUUUAGUACAUUCGAUCUAAUAUUCGCUUUCAGUGAUAAAAUUUUACAAGGAGGAUAACGCAUAAAAGUCCUGUUUCUUAAGAGUGCUAUUAAGAGAUAUAUAAAGAUGGAUCUUUGUAUAUUGAUCCUGCGAAUUGGAUAAUAGUUUAUAGGAAGUAAUUAUUUCUUUGUUUGUAUACUACUCUAUUUGUUUUCUUCCUUAUUUUCACUAGAGUUUUAUAUGCUUCCCAUAAAAUGCCAUGAGACGUCGAGUGUAAGAAGAAGAAGAAGAGUCUUUUUUGUUUAAGGAUAUGUAUAUAAUUUUACAACUUAUUAAUUAAUAACUUGACCGCCGAGCGGUAUGAAUGCAAGCAUGAUUUUAAAUUGAUAUGAUGCAGAAGUUGUAAUCAAGAAAAAUAGAAGUCAAUAACAAAGCGGA